CGCACGAACAAGGCCACAACCAAUUGGUGUGUUGUGUACUUGUGUGUAAAAUCAAUUCCAUAUACAGUACGGAGUAAAAAAAAGUGUUAUUUACUUUCCGUAACAUUAAUUAUCCACCUGAUUUUGACCCACUGUUUUCGUUCUCCUUUGAGCCAUUUCACUUUUACGCUGCACUCCUUUCUCUCUCCUCCAUUGAAUUGCAGCGUCCUCUGAAUUCUCCAUUGAAGCGCCUUCUGAGCUUUCUCUCCUCCAUUGAACCACCUUCUCAGAACAUUGAGUGCCUUGACAACUGCUUAUUAAAAAGACAAAGGGGGACAAUUGGAACAGUUCACAGGUACAAAUUUAGUAUAAAUUCGUAGCUACCAAAGUUGGCGGAGUUGAUAUGGGAGAGAAUCCUACACUGCAAUUCACAGCAGACACAACCCAAGUUGUUCUAACUGGAACAGCUCGAGAUGGAACAGCUGGACCUCCUAUUGGUCAUGUUGACAUUGGAAUAAGUGAAUCAGCUUACUUGUUUCGAGUUGCACUUCCUGGUAUUAGAAAGGACAAUUGUGACUUGAGCUGUGAGAUUGAACGUGAUGGGAAGGUUCAUCUUCAAGGGAACAUAACAGGGGGAGAACUAGCUAAAAAGAAUCCUAAAACUGUGUACCACCUGAGCUUGUCACAGUUGAGCCCACCUGGACCAUUCUCCAUUUCUUUCAAGUUGCCUGGUCCAGUUGACCCAAGGUUAUUCUCACCCACUUUCAGGUCAGAUGGUAUCCUGGAGGGAGUUGUGAUGAAAUACAAGGCACCUGGUGUACCCCCAUGUGGUAAUCAGUUUGAUCCUGCAAUUCCUGCAUGAGCUGAACUGCUUCUCAAUCCUGUGUAGUAGCUGCUGAAUGUGCAUGUAAAGGUAUGUAUUCUGUUAGUUUACCGGAUUAGCACAGUCCAACUAGUCAAUAGAUUAGCUGGAUACCAGUUGAUAGUGUUGCUAAUUAAUGUGACAAACUUGCGGACUGGUCUUGGGUAUUUGACUCUUAAUUGUAUUGUACACAACUCAUGACCUGGUAGGCCUAGGUAAACUAUUGCAGUUGAUUUUCUGCUUGGAGCUAAUUAUAGAUUUUUGGCUAUGAUUUAUGGAUUGGCAUUAGUAUUAAUGAUAUAAUGUGAUUGUAUUUCAUAUUGUUC